AUGGCACUCCUCACACCCCUUUCUUCGAGAGGUGUUCCCCCACUCCCCUCCUCCCCUCAGUCGCCACUGCUGUUUCUGUCGACUUUCUUGGUGCUGAAAAGGUUGGGGCUGCGUCUGCUCCUAGUGGGAGGAGCCGCAGCAGCUAGGGCAAGGGAGGCAAGGGUGGUGGGGGUGGCGGGGGUGGAGGCGGUGGUGGAGGCUGUGGUGGCGGAGGAGGAGGCGGUGGGAGUGGCGGGGGUGGGGGUGGGGGUACUGGUGCCGGGGUCAGUGGUGGCGGCGGCAGUGGGAGUGGCAGUAGCGGGGGUGGCGGCAGUGGGAGUGGCAGCGGCGCCGGUGGCAGCGGUCGUAGUGGUGCGGCCCAGCACGGCGGUCCUGGAGCAGCAGCGCCAGUGCGCGCCCCGUACGCCACAUGAGCUUCCUGAGUGGUACGCGUAG